UAAGAAUCUUCCGUAUGCUUGAAAUGAUAGAAAAUUUCAAUUAAAUUAGUUACCAAUACCAGCUGUAUGCUUAGUCGUAAUGGUAAGCCAAAAAAGAAACAUCAACUGCGUAUUGUCUGCAAGUAAUUGCUUGCUGUCUUCCAUCUUCUUCUUCUGCGUACUCUUGUUGUGUUCCUGUCCAAAGAGAACACACGGUGUGGGUUCCAAAGAUACUUUAAAGCAUGGCGAGCAGAUUACUUUAAAGCAUGGAGAAACGCUUGUCUCCAGUGGGGGACGGUUUGAACUGGGAUUCUUUAACGCUACGGGAAGCGCUAGCAACAAAAGCUAUGUCGGGAUAUGGUAUCACGAAUGGGAUCAAAAAACAUUUGUAUGGGUUGCCAACAGAGACAAUCCAGUACUUGACGGUUCCACGGGAGUUUCUUUUGGAAUUGCGGAAGAUGGAAACCUUAAGGUAUGGGAUAAUACUCCUGGAGACGUUUAUUGGAAUACAAGUGUUGAGAUUUCUUCGUCUGCAAAUCGAACUGCAAAGCUCAUGGAUUCUGGAAACCUGGUCUUAAGGGAUGAACAGUAUGCGACGACUCUGUGGGAGAGCUUUCAAAAUCCAACUGAUACAUUUCUUCCAGGUAUGAAGAUGGAUGAAAACCUGACGUUAAUUUCGUGGGCAGGUGAUGGUCAUGACCCGGGAAGUGGGAAGUUCACGUUUAAGCAAAAUCAAGAAGGACAGGGACGUCACUACGUUAUCACAGAAAAGACACUCAUUUAUUGGAAAAUUUCGAUUUCUGACAGCAUCUACGGUUCAAAUGAAAUUCCCUCUUACAUAUUCAGAUUUUUAUCAAAAUCUGAAAAUUUUAUACGUUUCAGUAAUUACACAAGGUUAGUGAUGAAUUAUACAGGGCAAUUGCAGUACUGGGAUGUGGACAACGGAAAAUAUUGGUCUUUGAAAUGGAGGGAGCCGGAAGACGAAUGUAGCAUUUACAAUGCUUGUGGGAAUUUCGGUAGCUGCAAUAUUAACAAUAGGGUGAAAUGCAAAUGUUUGCCCGGGUUCCAUCCUAGUUACCCGAAACGGUGGGAUUCUCAAGAAUUUUUUGAUGGGUGUACCAGAAAUUCGACAUCAUCUGACAAGAGUGACUUGUUUUUGAGCUUAAAGAUGAUGAAAAUUGGCAUGCCAGACUCUAGUUUCAUGGUAAAAAAUGAAACAGAAUGUAGAAACGAGUGCUGCCUUGGCAACAGCGAGUGCCAGGCUUAUUCAUAUAAUAGUGGAUUUGGACCAGGGACCGUGUAUCAGACCAACAUCUGUUGGAUUUGGACUGGGGAUCUAACUAAUCUUCAAGAGGAGUACACAAAAGAUGGUCGUAACCUCUCUGUCCGCGUAGCAAAAUCUGUUAUAGAAUCGACUGUUAGGAAUUGUGAGGCUUGUGGCACAAACCUAAUCCCCUACCCGCUGAGCACUAGUCCAAAUUGCGGUGACCCAAUGUACUUCAAGUUCUACUGCAACACCUCCUCAGGCCAGGUUAGCUUCAUGGCACCCAAAGGCACCUAUCGAGUCACAAGUAUCGAUCCAAGUGCACGAACAUUUGUCAGCUAUGUCAAAUAUGAUAAAAAUUCAGGAGGAACUCGGACACUCAAUUUGUCAUUGCCGUUUAAUGAGGGCGAUUGGUUAAUCACUCAUUCUGACACUGACAGCGUUAUAGUUGAAGCUGAAGUAAAGAUUAGCUGGGCGCCCCCAAAGGAACCAAGCUGUAAUUCAUCUAGAGACUGCAAGGACUGGCCAAGUUCAACUUGCAAUGUAGCAAGCGAUGGAAAGAGGAGGUGCCUUUGCACUGGAAACUUCCAAUGGGAUGGCUCCAAUUUAAAUUGUACUAAAGUCUCUAGUUCCUCUGGGCCUUAUGAAGGGUCUUCACAGAAGAAGAAUAACCAGCUAUCAUAUCGUAUUUUCGUGGGGAUUCUUGCAACUAUAAUUGUCAUCUUAUGUAUAAUUUUUUCUGGUCACUAUUUGAAAAGAAGACUAGUGGCCAAUAGACAAGAUAACAUGGGAAGCAAUCAGGGAAGCAUCGCAUUGCACUUGUACGACACUGAGAGACGUGUCAAAGAUUUUAUAGAUUCAGGUGAGUUCAGAGAAAAUGAUAAGAAAGACAUAGAUGUACCAUUUUUUGCUUUGGCAACCAUACUAGUUGCUACAGACAACUUCUCAGAAGCAAACAAGCUUGGACAAGGGGGGUUUGGGCCUGUUUACAAGGGUAAGUUUCCAGGAGGACAACUUAUUGCUAUAAAGAGGCUAUCACAAGGUUCAGGACAAGGCUUAGAAGAAUUUAAGAAUGAGGUUAUGUUGAUUGCCAAACUUCAGCAUAGGAAUCUUGUUAGACUUUUGGGCUAUUGCAUUGACAGAAAUGAAAAGAUGUUACUCUAUGAAUAUAUGCCCAACAGAAGCUUAGACUCCUUCUUAUUUGAUCAAACACUAUGUGUGUUAUUGAACUGGGAGAUACGCUUUGACAUCAUUUUGGGAAUCGCUCGAGGGCUGCUUUAUCUUCACCAAGAUUCUAGGCUGAGGAUCAUUCAUAGAGAUUUGAAGACAAGUAAUAUUUUGCUGGAUGAGGAGAUGAACCCCAAAAUUUCUGACUUCGGCUUGGCAAGGAUCUUUGAAGGCAAACAAACUGAGGGAACCACGACCAGGGUAGUAGGGACUUACGGCUACAUGUCUCCUGAAUAUGCAUUGGAUGGGUUUUUCUCAUUCAAGUCUGAUGUCUUCAGUUUUGGUGUGGUUUUACUUGAGAUUAUCAGUGGAAAAAGGAACACAGGAUUUUUCCUGUCAAAAAGGUCUUUGAGUCUUCUAGGCUAUGCAUGGAAACUGUGGAAAGAAGACAGGGCAUUGGAUUUAAUGGACCAGACAUUACGUGAAAGUUGCAACACAAACGACUUUUUGAGGUGUGUCAAUGUUGGACUUUUAUGUGUACAAGAAGACCCCAUUGAUCGUCCCACUAUGUCGAAUGCAGUUUUCAUACUUGGGAAUGAAACUGCGACUCUCCCAACUCCUAAACAACCAGCCUUUGUUGUAAGGAGAUCCCUUUCUAGCACAGGUUCUUCUUCUAGUAGACCACAAACAUUUAAUGAAUUAACAGCUACCGUUGAAGAAGGUCGAUGAUGAUGGAAGUUCUCAUCAAGAGUCCUGUUUUGUCUUUACCAGUUUCUACUACUUCAUCAGUAAUGUAACUUCUUUUGCUAAUAACAAUCCAUUCAAUGUAAUUUUAUUUGUUUCAAAUCUGUUUGAAUUAA